AUGUCGUGGCGCAACCAGGGCAUCACCGGUUCUAACAAUAUACCUCUAGGUACUCGCCGUCGUUUCGGCGGUGAUGAUGAUGGCGGUUACAACCCGUCUGCGCCCGCCGAGGGCUUGUCUGAGUUGAAGCGCGGCCGCAGCCCUGAGCGCAACUCUUCUGACGGUCCGCGACAGCGCAAGAAGCGUAACCGAUGGGGCGACGCGAGCGAGAACAAGGCUGCUGGCUUGAUGGGCUUGCCUACUGCUAUUUACGCCGCCAUGACCACCGAGCAGCUGGACGCGUACACUCUGCAUUUGCGUAUCGAGGAGAUCACCCAGAAGCUGAAGAUCAACGAUGUUGUCCCAGCUGAUGGUGAUAGGUCUCCUUCGCCCCCACCCCAGUAUGACAACUUCGGUCGCCGUGUCAACACUCGCGAGUUCCGCUACCGCAAGCGCCUCGAAGACGAGCGCCACAAGCUCGUCGAAAAGGCGAUGAAGACGCUUCCUAACUACCACCCACCUGCCGAUUACAGGCGGCCUACUAAGACACAGGAGAAAGUCUAUGUUCCGGUCAAUGAUUACCCGGAGAUUAACUUCAGUACGGAACUAACCCCUCUAACUCCCCUCCCCUUGUUUUGCUUUACCCCAGCCUUUGUCUUGACCGGCCUGCUCAGACUGCUGGAUGUUUACGUGCAUCUAGUGGCACCUGUACUUUUUGCACUAACAGUUGGUCUACUCAUUGGCCCCCGUGGAAAUACCCUCAAGAAAAUGGAGACCGAAUCCCAGGCAAAGAUUGCGAUCCGUGGCAAAGGCUCCGUCAAGGAGGGUAAAGGACGCUCUGACGCAGCUCAUACCAGCAACCAGGAGGAAGAUCUUCACUGCUUGAUCAUGGCCGAUACUGAGGAGAAGGUCAACAAGGCCAAGAAGCUUAUCCACAACGUUAUUGAGACUGCUGCCUCCAUUCCCGAAGGCCAGAACGAACUCAAGCGCAACCAGCUUCGUGAGCUUGCUGCCCUCAACGGUACCCUCCGUGACGACGAGAACCAAGCCUGUCAGAACUGUGGUGAGAUCGGCCAUCGCAAGUACGAUUGCCCACAGAAGCAGAACUUUACGGCCAGCAUCAUCUGCCGUGUUUGUGGUCAAGCUGGUCACAUGGCCCGCGAUUGUCCCGACCGUAAAGUUGGCCAGCCCUGGCGCAAUGACAACCGUUUUGGCGACCGAGGUCAACCAGCUCGUAUCGGUGGUGCUCCGGAGAACGAGCUCGACGCCUUUAUGGCCGAGAUGGGAGGCGCCGGUGGGCAGCCUCGCGCCGCGAUCGAGUACAACGGCAACGGUGCUGCCGGUGGAGACAACUACGGUGCAGGCGAGCGCACGCUCAAGCCCUGGGAGCGUGGUCCCACCGGAGGUUCCGCACCCUGGGCGCGUGACGGCGAUGACCGUGGUCGCGGCGACAGCAACUCCGCUGCUCCUCCGCCUUGGGCUGGCGGUGGCGGCCGUGGCGGACAGUCUUACGACCAAGGCUACGGUGCUGGCAAUGGUGCGGCUCCUUGGGCUUCUGCUACCCCCACUGCCCCUGCAGCAGGUGCUGGUUACGGAUAUGGUGGAUAUGGUUACGAACAGAGCGCUGGUAUGGGUGCUCCCGGCGCCUACGGUGCUCCUGGCUACGGUGCUCCUCCACCUCCCGCCGGUCCUCCUCCUGGCCUUGGUCCCCUAUUCCAGACCUAUGGAUCUGCCGGCAGCCCUCCCCCGCCUCCCCCGCCACCGUCUGGUUCUGUGCCUCCACCGCCUCCUCCGGGCGAGGCCCCUCCUCCUCCCCCGCCUAGCGAUGUCCCCCCACCGCCGCCACCACCCCCGGCUUAG